UCUGGGUUGCUGUUUGCUGCGUUUUGCUUCUUCGGUUCUUAGUUCCUACAAUCAGCACUUGGAGCCUGAAAGAAAGGAUUAUGAAGAUGGAGAUGCCAAAAAGAUUUGAAGAUGUUGCUGUUGGAUUUUCAAGAGAGGAGUGGGACAUCCUGAGUGACCAAGAGAAAGAGCUACACAGGGAGGUGAUGGUACAGAACUACGAGAACAUGAUUUCUGUAGGAUAUCAAAUCCCAAUCGAUCAACUUUGGCUAUUUAUCAAGAAGGAUAAGACAGUUCCAUCUGGCAACACCAAAGAAGAAAUGAUGGUACAGCAAAGGCAGCUUCCUGUUAGCAGGGAUACAGAUUUCACUAAGCUUCAGAGUCAGCAGUCGUUUCAUAUGAAGUACUGGAAUUCCCAAUGUAAAUAUGCUUUGACAGAUAAGCUCACAAAACACUACCUGGUGCAGUGUGGAAGCAACUGUCACGACUAUGUGGAAAGUAGUGAUGACUUUAUCAAGGAAACUCUACUAGAAAUGCAUCUGGAAGCUUUUGGAGAUGAAGGGUCAUGCAAAUGGCUUAACGGCAAUGACACAUUUACCCUUCGUAGUGACCACUUAAUUCAAAGUGACAAUAGUCAGAAGAGUACCUUGGAAACACUACAACAACUUUUCAGUACUGAGAAGCUAAAUGAAAAUGUCAAACAAGUCCAUAAGCAAAGCUAUAAAUCCUACACAUGCACCACAUAUGACACGAAUUUCACAAAGAAAGCACACUUGGUAAGGCAUCAGUGUGUCCUCAUUCAGCAAAAAAAGUACAGAUGUGUUAUAUGUGCAAAGGGUUUCAAAAAGAAGGCCAACAUGAUACAGCAUCAGUAUAUCCAUGCUGAACAAAAGCCCUAUGAAUGUGCUAUAUGUGGAAAGGGUUUUGCACACAAAAACAGCAUGAUACAGCAUGAGAUUAGCCACACUGGACAACUGUCUUAUAAAUGCACCAUCUGCAACAAGGGUUUUGUAAGGAAGAGUAAUUUGAUGCAACAUCAGAUUAGUCACAGUGGGCAAAAACCAUACAAAUGCACCAUGUGUGACAAGAGUUUUAGAAGGAAGAGUGCUAUGGCAACUCAUCAAGUCACUCACAGUGGGGAGAAACCCUAUAAAUGUGCCACAUGUGGCAAGGGUUUUACACAGAAGGGUAGCAUGAGGCAGCAUCAAUAUACCCACACUAGUCAGAAGCCCUACAAAUGCACCAAGUGUGAUCAUACUUUUGGACACACGUCUAUCUUGAUGAAGCAUCAGAUCUGCCACAGUGGGAAAACGCCCUAUAAAUGCAGUGUGUGUAACAAGAGUUUUAGUUACAAAAGUUCUAUGGUAAGACAUCAGAGCACCCACAGUGAGCAAAUACCUUAUACAUGUGCCACAUGUGGCAAGGGUUUUACACAGAAGUGUAGUUUGAGGCAACAUCAGUAUUUGCACAGUGAGCAGAAGCCAUAUAAAUGCAUUACAUGUGACAAAAGCUUUAUAUACAAGAGCAAUUUGGUAAGGCAUCAGGUUAACCAUACUGGGCAGAAACCUUAUAAAUGUACCCUGUGUGACAAGAGCUUUGGAUACAAGAGCAUUUUGGUAACACAUCAAAGAAUACAUGCCACAUAUGACAAAGAUUUUACAGAGAAGGAUAACGUGGUAAGACAUCAGUCUGUGCACAGUGAACAGAAGCCAUAUAAAUGUGCCACUUGUGGAAGGGGUUUUAUCCAAAAGAGUAACUUGGUAAGACACCAGUAUGUCCAUACUGAACAAAAGCCCUAUAAAUGUGCCACAUGUGGCAAAGGUUUUGCACAGAAAGGACACAUGAUCCAGCACGAGAUGACCCACUCUGGACAGAAACCCUAUAAAUGCAGCAGGUGUGACAAGAACUUCAGAUGGAAGAGCAGUCUGGAAGGGCAUCAGAUCCUUCAUGCUGCACAGAAACCGUAUAAAUGUGCCAUAUGUGGUAAGGCUUUUACACAGAAAGGCAACAUGGUAAGGCACCAGUAUGUCCACAAUGGGCAGAAGGAGUUGCACUGCAAGAAUAAGAGAAAAAUAGAAAAAGAGACUGAUCAUUGAAAUGGAAAAAAUGUCAGAAAUGAUGAAUACCUAUCUGAGAUCAUUAAUGUAGCAAAUAAAAACAAAACAGUGUGCAGAUGAGAAAGAAUUGGAUAAAUUAGAAAGAGAUGCAAAAAAAAGGAAGUGUUAAGAGAGAAAGGAAAAAGACCACAUGAAUUUGCAACUUUCAAGUGGAAUGGAGUAGAGAGAAGAGGGACUGGCAUAAUGGUUAACGUGUUCACCUCAUAGACCUAUAGUGCAGGGUUUGAGUCUGACCUCGGGUUAUUGACUAGACUUAAAAUGACCCUUCAGGGCAGUUGGCCUAUACACCUAUGAAGAAAUGAGACCUAACAUGUUGCAGCACAUGUGCAGAAAAAAAUCAAUUUUGAUUCUCAGUCAUAAAACAAAGUCAAAUAUAUUUGAUGAUACACGUAGGCAAAGACACACAGACAUGGUAAUUGUUACAAAACAAACUAGAACAGAAGUGUAAUGCAGGGGAGAGUACACAUCUCAGCAAUCGGGAAAAAGAGCAAACUGAAAACUGAUUGAUCGAUCAGCUAAGAAGUGAUGAAUUUAAAUGGGAUCUAGCAAGAUAACCAUUCAGAAAAAACAAAAUAUCACCAAAGAGGCAGAGAGAGCAGGAACACAUACUUUAGAAGAAACUUUUAGCCAUGAAGAGAAUAAUUUAAGUGAAUACCUGUUGGAUUUGAUAGACAUGGGUGAAUAUAGCAAUAUAGAUGACAGACAGAGGCUACCAAGAGUAAGUACAACACAAAUUGUUAAAAGCUAAUAAACCAAACUAAUAACAUUAAUUGGAACUACAUAAAAAGAGAGAGUCACAUGACAUAACCAAAAUUAACAGAAUACACUACUAUGCAGCAAAACUAAUAACAGACAGGGUAUUACCAGAAAGCAUACGUCACUGAAGGGAAAUAAAGGAACACAAAGAACGCUACCACUGAAAUUCCAAUUAAAGACAACUGUGAGGAAGAAAAGAAGUAUCAUUAUUGGAAUAAUAUAGAAGAGGAAAUCAGUCUAAACAAUGUUAGAAAAAUGAGUGAGCUAAAACAAAUGAAAAACGGAAAUCUUGUAAUUCAAAUCUCAAAAACAAAUCUCUGCACAGGCUGAAAAAAUACAGGAGACACAGAGAAAUAUAAAGAAAAGAUGCAAAAUAGUUUAAGGAUGACAACAAAUCAAACAAACAGUCCAACCAAUAACUACACCAGAAAUGUGGUAGACAACAAAAGUCCAGAUAAAACUCCACAGAUUUAUUACAGACAGUUAAGUGCUUUCAUCCCCAAAUGGGACUUUUCCAGAACUGCCAUUAUUAAAACACAAACCAUUUAAAUACAUCUCAAACUAAUCAUGCGACAUCUAAUAAACCAAUCAGUUUGAUAAAACAAUAAAACCCUUAAGAUUGUGUAUAUAAAACCUAGUGCUUAAAGUAAAACACAAAUACAUAAAACAGAAUAAGAACAGAUGUGUGUGACCCUGAAUGAUGCAUGGAGUCAUAUCAGGACAACAGCCCCAUAAUUUAUUAGAUAUUAAAUAUAUGUUUACAUAACACCAACUUUAAAAAUAUAUAUAAAUAAUAUCUAUUCUUAAAAAAAAAUACUGAACAUAUAAACCUUUUUAACUUUAAUAAAUGUCUAAUAGAACAGGCUUUAUUCAACCCAGGGGGUGCUGUUGCAUUUAAUUUCAACUGCCAAAUAAAUUCCCUAGCCAACAGGAGUUCUUCAAUAAUAUAGCCCCUUGUGUCUCUUUUCAUCUGCUCUAGAAUUUUAAAUUUAAAUCUGUGACUAGGGCAAACCCGUUUAUGUUUGUAUAAGGCAUCAUUAGUUUUUGCCUUCUUAACUUCCAGGCCAGCUUCAUAAAUUCUCUGCUUUAAUUUUCUGGAGGUUUUCCCUAUAUAAAAGGCAAAACAAGAAUCACAACAGGCAAUAUAAACUAUCCAACUAGACUCACAGUUGAAAUGCCCUUUAACUUUAAAUUU